AUACGGUCCCAUCAUCUUAUUAUAAAAAAAGGGAAAGCAUGAGGUGUGAUUUUUCUGCCUUUGGUGCUGAAGGAUCGAGGCUCAUAUUUAUCCCAUCUGUCUGAGAAAAAAUACAAAAAAGAAAAAAAAGGAAAGAAAAAAAAAAAGGGUUUCUUGAACGUACAGACAUGGCUGCUGCUACCAGCGAUCCAACAAUACCCUCAGUACACAAGGCUUGGGUCUACCAAGAGUAUGGAAAAUCUUCUGAUGUUUUGAAGUUUGAUGAGAAUUUCCCAGUUCCUCAAGUAAAGGAAGAUCAGGUGCUGGUCAAGGUUGUGGCGGCUUCAAUUAAUCCUAUUGAUUACAAGAGGAUGCUUGGGCUUGUAAAAAACAUUGACUCUCCUAGACCUAUUGUUCCAGGAUUCGAUGUCGCUGGAGUGGUGGUAAAGGUGGGAGGCAAAGUGGACAAAUUCAAGGUUGGGGACGAAGUGUAUGGAGAUAUCAAUGAAAAAGCAGUAGACGGCCUAAAACAAUUUGGGACUUUGGCAGAGUACACCGUGGCUAGAGACAGAGUAUUGGCUCUUAAACCUAAGAAUCUGAGUUUUGUGGAAGCUGCUAGCCUUCCAUUGGCCAUUGAAACUGCCUAUGAAGGUUUUGAACGAGCCGAACUCUCUGCUGGUAAAACCAUCCUCAUUUUGGGAGGUGCCGGUGGAGUUGGAACACUUGCUAUUCAGCUAGCAAAGCAUGUUUUUGGUGCUUCCAAAGUGGCUGCUACCGCAAGCACUAUGAAACUAGACUUGUUAAGGAGCUUAGGUGCUGAUUUGGCCAUAGAUUACACUAAGGAGAAAUUUGAAGAGCUUCCUGAGAAAUUUGAUGUUGUAUUUGAUGCAGUUGGGGAAGGUGAACGAGUUGGGAAGGCAGUGAAAGGAGGUGGGAAAGCUGUGGCAAUUGUAGGGCCUGUGACACCUCCGACCACGGAUUUUUUCCUAACUUCAACUGCGACUACCUUGGAGAAGCUGAAACCUUACCUGGAGAGUGGGAAGGUAAAACCAGUGCUUGAUCCCAAAACCCCUUUUCCAUUUUCAAAGACUGUGGAGGCAUUUUCUCACCUUGAAACUUCCAGAGCCAUUGGCAAGAUCGUUGUGUAUCCUAUCCCAUGAAAUUCCAAACCAUCAACUACUUAGUAUUAUCUAUAUAUCCCUAAACGUAAUGUCCUGGUUGCUACUUGUUCAAAUAAAUGGCAUUAAACUUGCAUAAAUAAUAAUAAUAAAUGCCUUUAAUC